GCGCCCGCGGUAAACAACCAGGGGCCGGCCCGAAAAUGGUUCAUGCGUUGCACGCCUCCGUGAGGUUCUUGGUGCUCUUCGGCGCGGCGUGUUUCCACCCGGCGCAAGUGACACCCAAGGUGGUGGGCACGCCAGCGACGGAGACCAGCACGAGCGGGCCGACAACGUCGUCGUCGGCGCCCGUGGCGUCGCGUACGAGCUGCCCUCCGCCGGAGAUCGUGUUCAACGGUUCGCUGUUCCAGACCGACGGCACCACAGCGCAGCAGUUCGGCAAUGUGUACGAAGUGCGCUUCAUGGGCCUCUUCGGGGGCGCUGCCAAAAAGCGCGCCUGCAAGAUCAAGUGCGUCAACGGCGUCUGGCUCGGACCUUUGUGCGCCGUCGAGAGCGAGGCUGGAGACGGCGGCCGGUUCCACUCAGUGCUGAAGCCGUGCCCUCUGCGGCCCAUGAAGCCUCACCUGGUGGUGCACCACGAGGGCCGGCCCCUCACCGUCACCGGGCUCACCCAGAUGGCGCACGAGAGCGGGCUCAGCUUCCGCUGCACCCAGCUGGGCCGCUACAAGUUCGUGGGCAACGCGACCGUGCGCUGCCUCAACGGCCAGUGGUCGGCCGCAAUGCCCAGCUGCCUGGAGACCUCGCAGCAGAGCAACUUCUCCGUGCAGGUGCCGCCCACCAUCUUGUAUUCGGUGGAGAAAGGCGACCACGGCGUGUCCGAGGAGGGCGAGUUGGUCGUGUACCCGGAGACCAACGUGUACCUCUACUGCCUGUACCAGCGAUUCAGCGGCAAUCCGCAAUGGGCCUGGACUUCUCAGAGAGACUACGCCAAGGGCUGGAUCCUGUCGGCCGACGAGAAACAGUGGCGCUACGAGCUGCUCAUUUACAAGGCGAAAGAGCACGACUCCGGGACGUACACUUGCACGACGCCUCGGGGGCAGACCAACGAGAUUCACGUCAGAGUCAGAGACGUAACGUGCCCGCCCAUUGAAGGCUACGGCGAUGAGAACCGCGUGACCAGUGACCACGGCAACCAGAUGCACAGUAAGGCCAAGUUUGCCUGCAUGGAAGGCUACAACCUGGUCGGCUCGGAGGAGGUCGUCUGCAGCCCUUCCGGUCGCUGGUCUGACAAGGCGCCGCACUGCGUAGUGAUCCAGUGCCCGACGAUACCCAGCGUGGGUCAUCUCAAGAUGAGCACGCACAACAGGACCUACGGUAUCCGCGUGCACUUCAGCUGUCCGUCAAACUACAGGCUUCUGGGGCCGCCAUUCGUCACCUGCUGGAAGAACGAGUCCUGGUCGGACACGCCACCAACCUGCGAACCGAUUCGGUGCCGCAGUCCACUACCACCAGCGCAUGGUCGUGUGUUGUACGGAGGCCGGCAGUACCCGGGUGACAGCGUCCACUACACGUGCAACGCGGGCUACGUGCUGAUCGGCGAGUCUGUCAGCGUCUGCCAGGCCAACGGCACUUGGUCCAACAACUUGCCCAAAUGCAAGCCGGCCUGCGAGUUCCCGGGCCAGCCGGCGCACGCGCGCGUCGUGCCAUCCAAGUUUCAUUACGACAUCGGCGAGCUGGUGACGGUGGCGUGCAACGUGGGCUUCCGGUUGCUGGGCUCGGCGCAGCUGCGCUGCUCGCGCGAUGGUCACUGGUCACACCCGUUGCCCCACUGCCGCCGCCUGGUGCUGCACAAGUAGUACCAGCGCGUGCAAGGGGGCAUCAUCAUCCAGCACAUGUCGCCACCGCACCGGAACUGAAACCCGAAACCCCGCCAGACAUCCCGGUUCCCAGCACCAGGCUUCGUUGUUCUUUUUCUCUUCUGUUUGCUCUCUUAGCUUUCCAGAGAAAGAUGCCUUCGCU